AUGGCCGUCACCGCCUCCAUCAACCCCCCGGCCGCCGCCCCCGGCACCAAAAUCAACGGCACCACCACCGACGCCACCAUCAACGGCAAGCCCCUCGCCAACGGCGCCCUGUCCACCGCCCCCACCGACAAGGACCUCGCCUCCCUCCUGACGGUCCACCACGGGCCCAACUACACGACCAAGGCCGUCUCCAACGUCUCGCUGCCCCCCAACGCCGUCUUCGCGCGCAUCACCCUGGCCACCGCCGCGCCGGCGCCCGUCUACACGACGGUGCAGUGCGGCGCCGACGCGCACGUCGAGCUGAACAGCGACCUGCGCUACAUCAACCACUCGUGCGAGCCGAACCUGAUCUUCGACAUGGACGCCAUGGAGGUGCGCGUCAACCCGCUGCUCGAGGACGGGUUGAAGGAAGGUGACGAACUCACCUUUUUCUACCCCAGCACCGAGUGGGUCAUGGACCGCGGCUUCGAGUGCCAGUGCGCCGCCCCGGCGUGUCUGGGCUACAUCGAGGGCGCCAAGGCGCUGGAUGAGCGCACCCUGAGCAGGUACUGGGUGUCGAGGCACAUCCGCGAGAUGCGCGAGAGGCAGAAGAUUGAGAAGAUUAGUAAGAGGGUGAGCAGUGGGGGGUUGGAUGCGCUUGGUGGGAAGAUGCCGUUGGGUUUUAGGAGUGUCGCUGGCGGUGGUCUUGUGUAA